CAGGCCCGGUCACAUGUGAGUGAAUGCAUUCAAACAUUCAUCUAUCAACAAUCAAGUUUGCACACCACAAAUCACAGGCACAAGCUACAGCAUCCCCUUCAAAAGUUCUCGGCAGCCAAGCCGACCGGCAACUGCUGCACUUCUACUGCUGUCAAGUGGUCGAGAGUCUCUCGAGCUUCUCCGAUCCGACGCUGUGGACGCGCCUCAUCCUCCAGCGCUGCCACGCCCAGCCCAUCAUCCGCAAUGCACUCGUCACGCUGAGUGCCCUCUACCAGGACCACUACAGCCACAGCGGCCAGCUAACGGGCAAGGAGGGGGCGAAAGAUAUCCCGCGACAACAACCAUCACCAAGUGCCGCGGACCGCGUGUGGGGUGGCGGAGGAUAUCCUCCCCAAUCUGGGGGCUCUGCUGGCGCGAUUGGACAUUCAAGCCAGCAUAUACGAUGAUUCGCGUCCGUUGGUGCUCGUCAGCCAUGAAACUAUGCCAGCACCACUGGCUAGGCAUGUAUUGAGCGACUACACCAACAACCGCCUCGAAACACACUUGAUCAGCCUCGAAGCACGACUCCUGUGACACCUGCUCGUGCAUCUCCCCCACAAGAACACUCCACUCGCCAACCUCCCGUCGGUGAUCCGUCACGAGCGACGAGCGCUCGACGCUGCCUUGCGGGCCUUCAUCCGCUCCAUCACUGCCACACCUCUACCCAGAGACC